UGAAAGAUAAUGACGUUCGUCGUGGCGACCAAGACUUCCAUGAAGGAUGUAUCGGGAAAGAGCAUGUCGGAAUCAUUACAAACCAUGUCGCAAAACUAGGUGUUGACAGAACUGAAACAUAUGUGUCUGGGACAAUAACAGGUACACCUUUGGUUCUCUGUCAGCAUGCUAAUUCUGAUCAAAUUUUUCCAUCCAUUAACAGUAGAAGUAGUACUAGUCAUACUCUAGCUGGUGAUGAUUAUAUAGUCUGCGAGAUACUCAGCAGACUGCUAGUGAAGUCACUAAUGAGGUUCAAAUGCGUAUGCAAAAGUUGGAAAUCCUUGAUCGAAAAAGAUCCUUACUUCAUUAAUUUGCACUUUACUCGAUCAAAAGUUGUUGGGAGAUCCAUUCUCACCGAGAUGUUCACUACUGAAAAUUAUGCACGUGUAUUAUCAGCCAAGCCAUUACUUCCAUCUGAAGAUGGCCAUGGAGGAGGAGCAACUUUCGAAAGGGAAAUUCCUGUUGGCCCCCAUCGUUGCCUUGAUUACUUACACAUGCUCAAUUUCGUCAAUGGUUUAAUCUGCUUUUUAGACAGAAAAGAGCAUAGUGUUCGUGUCUACAACCCAAGCACCGGAGAAUGA